AUGUCGCACGAGUCUGUUUGGUACAGCCGCCCUCGCGAGUUCGGCAAGGGCUCCCGCCAAUGCCGAGUCUGCGCCCACCAGGCCGGUUUGAUCCGCAAGUACGGAUUGAACCUCUGCCGUCAGUGCUUCCGUGAGCGUGCUGCUCAGAUCGGAUUCCAGAAGGUUUCGAGGGGAUUUGCAGGAUGA